AUGACGUACAUUGCCUGUACACGCUCUAACAUUUCACGUCUACGAUGGAUAUCGGGUACUUUCAGAAGAGCUUCAAGUAAAGCUGCUAUAACAAUUCAAAAAAGUGGCCAAGGAAGACUGGUCCUAAAGGCUGCAACCAAAGAUAGAUCCAAACAUCAAACGAGCAAUGAUUCCAUACAAACUUUAGGGGUAGCGAAUGUAAGGGGCGCAAAGAAACCUUCAUUACUUAAAGUUGGCACUUCAUCAACAAAGACUCUGUCUAAGAAGUCGUCACACUUAAAAGAAUCGAAGGCAGCCCAAAGUGAUCAGAUUGGCGAAUUUCGUAAAAAGUCAGACAAGGCUCUUGAAAAAUUGGACCAACUACAGCAAUCUGAUUUAAAGACUCGCUUAUCCAAAAGGCGAUCGAGGCCAAAAAUACAAUCUGAAAUAGUUGCGAAACUCGAAUGCGAACCAGGGACAACUCGUCUAACAUCAAGUGACAUAAUCAAUGAGCCUUUGAAGCAAUGCAUUGCGCCGAAAAAGUCAGACAUACCACAACUAGCUCACAAUUUAGAUAGGGUCUUAUUUUCACCUGGGGUUCAUUUUUUACAAGACCCCAGAACUCGUGUUUACAACUUUUCGCCGUUUUUGAAGAAUGUGAUACAUUACAAGGACUUUAAUUUCGAAGCCGCAGGCAGUUAUACCCCAGUGGAUAAGCAUGAAACUUUGUUAACGAAUGCUCAAAAGUUUAAAAAGCAGUUUUAUUCCAGUACAUCGUCAAUGACUUCGAUAUUGACCAAAUUCUACAUGUUGUUGAAUAAUUACUCGCCUUAUAAAGUUGAGCGGUCCGGAGAAAUCCCAUUGAGUGGCGUUGCUACGAAGUUACCAAGCAGUACAUUUGUCGAGCCUAAAGGUACAUUCAUUGACAAAGGACAGAAGAAAACCGUUUAUUCACUCCUGGCUGACAAGUCUUGUGAUUCUGAAAUCUUACUUAGCGCAAUGGGCGUUUGUAUGGAAACUUUGUUGACAAACCCAGAAGAUGAAUUUGUCAAGUAUAGGAAAGACAACACUGAGGAAGCUCCACCGUCGCCGUCCAAUUCCUACAACUACUCCUCUUUUGGUAGCUUUUUGAUGCGGUCUCAAUUGGAUUGUUUUGACGAAAGAUUACCGGGCAAUGGUACUUUUGAUUUAAAGACUAGAGCAUCUACCAACAUUCGAUAUAAUUCUCAUGACCCAAAUGUGGGAGAAACUGAUUACCAAAUUUUCAAGCUAACUGGGCAAUAUGAAAGUUAUGAAAAGGAAUUUCGUGAUCUCGUCAAGACGGGUGCUCUACUCAAGUAUUUGUUUCAAGCCAGAAUUGGGCAAAUGGAUGGCAUUUAUAUUGCCUAUCAUAAUAUUAAUUCAAUAUUUGGGUUUCAGUACUUACCGUUGGAAGAGUUAGACAAGAUCUUUUAUUCUCAUGCCGACUACAGCACAAAGGUUUUGGAUGCCAAUAAUGCAUCUAUUGAGGCUUAUUACGAAAUGGAUAGAUUGCCGUCUUUGGUGGGGGAGACGCAAUUCAAGUUUUCGUUGGAGAUUUGGGAAACUUUGUUGAGAGAGCAUAUAUUGAAAGAUUUCGAAGCUAAUGGUUUGAAAGAUACUGCAUUCAGGUUAGUUAUCCAAACGUAUAAAAAGCCAUACGCCCGCACAAAACAAUUGAGAGUUUAUGCCAUUCCAGUAUCGAGUGAAGAAAUCAAGCAAUUCCAGCUGUUUGGUGAUCGAUAUCCAACAGAUUUCAAACAGGACCUAACUGAGCAUGAAAGAUUGAGCAAUACAAAGAAGCAUGUGACUGAAUUGCAAAAGUUUAAUACGAAUUACAUAAAGGGUAAGAGGUUGUUGUCAUACUUGAUCUCCAUGGGCAAUGGUUAUAUCGAUUCAAACAAGACGCAGUAUUACAACUUGCCGCGUCGUUUGCCCAACUCAUGGCGGGUAAAUUACACCAUCGAGAAGGUUAAAAAUCCGUCAGAACAGGAUUUUAUGCAAGUAUUCGAUUUGCCCAUUCAACAACUAAGUGAACAGUUUCAGCUGACAAAUGAAUCAAAAUCAAAAUUUAUAAAAAAGUUGCAACUGAUACAUCGAAAAUACGAGAAAAUAGGGACAAUCAGGAAAAAGCAAUGGGAGUUGAAGGAAAAAACUGCAAAUGUUUAUACACCAAAAUAUCAUUUCUAG